GGGGGAAUGUCGGGGUCGGGCAGGAACCAUCGGCGCGGAGGGGUGUGUGCACGCUGGAGGCUCCCUGGGCGUGGGCAGGAAGUGCUCGCGCAGGACCGGCGAGGGCGGGCCCGUGGGCGUGGGCAGGCCGCGCGCAGGGGGCGGCCGCGCCGGUAGCCGGGCCGGGGGCGCGGGAGGGGGCGGCCCCAGGGAUCCCGCCCCGGGGGAUCCCGCCUCGCCGGCCCCGGCCCGGCAGGCUGGGCCGCGUGAGCCCCGGCCCCUGGCAUUCCCCUGAGGGGACUGGUGCUGCUCCACAGCUGACGCCGUGGGUGGCGGCCGCCCCGUGCUGGGUGUAGGCAGCGCUUGCUCACCUUCCCUCAUUGUCUAGGGGCGAAGAGCAUUCCUGUGCCUUUCUCUUUUUAAUGGUCUGCAUGGAAGUGUCCAUUGAGAAUGGAAUUCCCUCUUUCCAUUGAGCCGGGCGUCUAGGGGCCAAAGGCAAUUUAUUUGCAGAGGAGGAAGGUAAACAUUACCAAAUGAGGAGAAAAGGAAGAUGUCAUCGAGUAUCGGCAGCAAGGCAUUCUUCUUCCCCGUGCAGUAUUAAGCACUCCCCCACACGAGAAACCUUGACGUACGCUCAAGCUCAAAGAAUGGUUGAAAUAGAAAUUGAAGGUCGCCUGCAUAGGAUCAGUAUCUUUGAUCCUUUAGAGAUCAUUUUAGAAGAUGAUCUUACAGCCCAGGAAAUGAGUGAAUGCAACAGCAAUAAAGAAAAUAGUGAAAGACCACCAGUUUGUCUAAGAAGCAAGCGGCAUAAAAAUAACAAAGUGAAAAAGAAAAAUGAAGCUCUUCCGAGCUCACACGGUAUACCUGCUACAACAACUCCUCUUCCAGAACCAAAAGUACGGAUUGUUGAAUACAGUCCUCCUUCGGCUCCUCGGAGACCUCCAGUUUAUUACAAAUUCAUUGAGAAAUCAGCAGAAGAACUUGAUAAUGAAGUUGAGUAUGACAUGGAUGAAGAAGAUUAUGCAUGGUUAGAAAUAAUAAAUGAGAAGCGGAAAAGUGAUGGAGUGUCAGUUGUUUCACAAAAUAUGUUUGAAUUCCUUAUGGAUAGGUUUGAAAAAGAGUCUUAUUGUGAGAAUCAAAAACAGGGUGAUCAUCAGUCUUUAAUUGAUGAAGAUGCGGUGUGUUGUAUAUGCAUGGAUGGUGAAUGUCAGAACAGCAAUGUAAUCCUGUUUUGUGACAUGUGUAACUUAGCAGUACAUCAGGAAUGCUAUGGGGUGCCAUAUAUACCUGAGGGCCAGUGGCUCUGCAGACACUGUCUGCAGUCCCGUUCUCGGCCUGUAGACUGUGUGCUGUGCCCAAACAAGGGAGGUGCCUUUAAAAAGACUGAUGAUGAUCGUUGGGGACACGUGGUGUGUGCUUUGUGGAUUCCAGAAGUUGGAUUUGCCAAUACAGUUUUUAUUGAGCCAAUUGAUGGUGUCAGGAACAUUCCCCCAGCCAGAUGGAAGUUAACAUGCUACCUCUGUAAACAGAAGGGUGUUGGUGCCUGCAUCCAGUGCCACAAAGCAAACUGCUAUACUGCAUUCCAUGUGACGUGUGCUCAAAAGGCCGGUCUAUAUAUGAAAAUGGAACCUGUGAAAGAACUAACUGGCAGUGGGACAACAUUCUCUGUAAAAAAGACUGCCUAUUGCGAUGUACAUACUCCACCAGGUUGCACACGGAGACCUCUAAAUAUUUAUGGAGAAGCUGAAAUAAAAAACGGUGUUUGUAGAAAGGAGGGAUCAGUCAGAACUGCUAGGUCUACAUCAAAAGUCAGAAAAAAGACAAAAAAAGCCAAGAAAACGGUGGUUGAACCCUGUACAGUUAUGCCAACAGUAUCUGCUCCUUAUAUCCCCCCCCAGAGAUUAAAUAAGAUUAUGAAUCAGGUGGCCAUUCAGCGGAAGAAGCAGUUUGUUGAACGAGUUCACAGUUACUGGUUGCUUAAAAGACUGUCUAGGAAUGGUGUUCCUCUGUUGAGAAGGCUGCAGUCCAGUUUACAGUCACAAAGAAACACACAACAGAGAGAAGAUGAUGAAGAAAUGCAAGCCUUAAAAGAGAAAUUGAAGUACUGGCAAAGGCUGCGCCAUGAUCUUGAAAGAGCACGUUUGUUGAUCGAACUUAUACGUAAGCGUGAAAAGUUAAAAAGAGAACAGGUCAAGAUUGAGCAGGUUGCUAUGGAACUGCAGCUUACUCCAUUCACUGUACUUCUGCGAUCAGUUCUGGACCAGCUGCAGGAAAAGGAUUCUGCUCGUAUAUUUGCUCAGCCAGUGAACCUUAAAGAGGUUCCAGACUAUUUGGAUCAUAUUAAACAUCCUAUGGAUUUCUCUACCAUGCGAAAACGGUUAGAUGCUCAAGGCUAUAAAAACCUCAGUGAGUUUGAAGAAGACUUCAAUCUUAUCAUAGAUAACUGUAUGAAAUACAAUGCAAAAGAUACAAUAUUCUAUAGAGCUGCAGUGCGGUUAAGAGAUCAAGGAGGUGUAGUUCUCAGGCAAGCUAGGCGAGAUGCUGAAGGAAUCGGUUAUAAUAAUGAAACUGGAAUGCACUUACCUGAACGGCCUAAACUUGAGUCACCCCAGCCUUUCUCUUGGGAAGAUGUGGAUAGGUUACUGAAUCCUGCAAACAGGGCGCAUAUGUCCUUGGAAGAACAGCUGAGAGAGUUGCUAGAAAAACUGGAUCUCACCUGUGCAAUGAAAUCCAGUGGGUCAAGGAGCAAAAGAGCAAAGCUGUUAAAGAAAGAAAUCAGCAUUAUUCGCAACAAACUAAGUCAGCAACACAACCAAGCUCCUCAAAUAGAAUCAGGUAUUGGAAGUUUUGAAGAAGAAAGUGCAGCGUUAGAACAAGAUGGAGAAGAAGAAGGAGAUAAAUCUCCCCCUAAACUUGAACCAUCAGAUGCAUUACCUCUUCCUUCAAACUUGGAGACUAAUUCAGAACCACCAACCCUCAAACCAGUAGAACUCAAUCCAGAGCAGAGUAAGCUUUACAAAAGAGUAAAAUUUGAUAAUGAAUUAUAUAGCACUUCCAUUCAGAAAGAAAUAAAUGGACACACUCCAGAACACUUACUUGACAGUAAUCUCAAUGAGUCGACUGUUUCUGCUGUAGCUGAGUCAUCAACUGAUGUAAACAGACGUACAUCCAUUCUCUUCUGCAAAUCGAAAAGUAUAAGCCCCCAAAAGUCUGCAAAGAACACUGAAACCCAGCCAACUUCUCCACAGCUAGGGACCAAAACCUUUUUGUCUGUAGUCCUUCCAAGGUUGGAGACACUUCUGCACCCAAGGAAAAGAUCAAGGAGUGCAUGUGGAGAUUCUGAGGUUGAUGAUGAGUCCCCUGUAAAGCGCUUGGAUACAGGUCUGUCAAAUGGUUUUGGAGAUGGAAGUAAAGAGAGAGCAUUAGAUGAUACUCCGGGAAGAAAAGUUGAACCUCGUCGCCGCUGUGCAUCAGAAUCUAGUAUUUCAUCUAGUAACAGUCUUUUGUGUAACUCAAGUUUCAGCCUACCGAAAUGUGGUAAAGGAAAACCUGCACUUAUACGAAGACACACACUGGAAGACCGAAGUGAAUUGAUAUCAUGCAUUGAAAAUGGGAACUAUGCCAAAGCAGCAAGAAUUGCAGCUGAAGUUGGGCAUAGCAGUAUGUGGAUUUCAACUGAUGCUGCAACAUCUGUUCUUGAGCCUCUAAAAGUAGUGUGGGCCAAAUGCAGUGGAUAUCCCUCUUAUCCAGCUCUGAUUAUUGACCCUAAGAUGCCUCGUGUUGCUGGCCAUCACAACGGUGUUACUAUACCAGUGCCACCCCUGGAUGUACUGAAAAUCGGAGAACAAAUGCAGACCAAAUCAGAUGAGAAGCUAUUCUUAGUACUAUUUUUUGACAAUAAAAGGAGUUGGCAGUGGCUUCCCAAAUCCAAAAUGGUUCCCCUUGGGAUAGAUGAGACCAUAGACAAGUUAAAAAUGAUGGAAGGACGUAACUCCAGCAUACGAAAAGCAGUAAGAAUUGCUUUUGAUCGUGCUAUGAAUCACCUGAGUCGAGUCCAUGGAGAACCAGUCAGUGACUUCAGUGAUAUUGACUAACAGAGAUUCUACCAAGGCAUGAAAAAUACCACACAGACUUGAACUCUACUAAUUGAACCUCUUUGUCUAAAAGAAUGUAUUGAAGAUACAACCCCUUAAUUGUUGAUUCAGUGGCUGAGUUCUGCAAACUUGAAAUAGUUGAGCAAUUCUUCUAAAUCACCAUUGCCAUAUUGAUUCAUGAUUUUAUCGUGUUGUAGUUUGGAGGAUUUUCCACUAAAUCUGUUAAAAUGUCUUGUUCAUAGUGUUCAUAAUUGUACAUAAAUGUAUAUUCAACACUUAACUUAUUCUGAUUUUAGAAGUAGCUCUUUAAUUCCUUUUAUAAUUUUGCUGGGGAGGGAGUUGUUUUUUGUUUCCAUGCUUUUUUUACUUUUUUUUUUUCUUUCUUUUGGAGGUUAAAUUACCUAAGCACCAUCUUCCAGCUGAAGGUGUUUAGUGGAUCUUAAAGCCUAAUAUCAAAAUGGCAUCCAAUAUGUUUGCCUAAAUCAUAUACAAUAUGGUGCUGCUUGUAUCAUUUCUUCCUUGGUCUGUAGCUUCUGAAAAAGACUUCUGAAUGUUUGUGUAAAUUGUUGCUCUUUGCACAAAGUACCACGUAUUUAAGAUUGAUGUAAAUUUACGAUUACAAAUAUGUAUUUUAAGAAAGGAAGUUGCAUUAUUUUGGAGGGUACUUUGUGGGAAAGACAUCACGAAAAGAAUUAUACUAUGUACAUCACUUGCAAAUCACCAAAAACACUCCAUUGUUGCCCAAAAUAACUUAAGAUUGUUUUUGUUUAAAAAAAAAAAAAAAAAAAAACUGGCUUAAAGCCUACAAGCACAUUUUUUCUUUCAAAACCAUAUCCCAUUUAACUCCCAUUGAUUUAAUUUUGUUGAUAUGUGUGCCUCCCUGUGUUUUAUUUAUUGUAGAAAAUGUAUUAAUUUGCUUUAUAAUGAAAAAUAAAAUUGACAAAUAUAUUGAUAUGCAUUUUUAUACAGGCACAUGAGACGACAACUUGCUUUGGGAGAAAAUGUAUUGGAAAUUGUAUAAAAUAACUUGAUGGUUUGUGUGUAAUUUGAUUUUUUGGUAACUUGUAAUCUUUUGUUUCCAAUGAGGGGAUUUAUGUAACUUUUAAUUUAGAACACUUUGGUAGCAAUAGAAACUUUGGAUACAUUUUUGUAUGGUACAUGUGAUGUAUAUAGAAUUAGUACUUUAUUUUUAUUUUUAAGAAGUAAAGCAUUAUGUUUGGGCAGGGGGAAGAAGGAGGGUGGGUUUCCAGAACUGCAUUUUUAUAUUAAAAAGAAAAAAAAAUAAAGUCAAGAUAUUGAUUGUUGUAGCUACUUUAUUCCUACCUUCACUGAGAUACUGAAUUUGUAACAAUGAAAAUGGCAAGGUAUGUUUGCAAUGUGAUUUAUAAUGACUCCAUUAUUUAUAAAUGCACUGUGUUUGAACUCUUUUGCAGUGAUAUCUUAAAUACUGUACCAAGUUAUAUAAUAUUGAAACACCAAAUAAUGCAUAUGAAUGCACGAAGUAUUUAUGCCCAGCUUUUUUAUAAAGGAUUAGCAAAUACAGCAAAACCAAUACUUUUUAAAUCUUUUUUUAAAACUUCAUUGAAUAGCAUACUUCAUUGUUAAACCUGCUUGAAUCUUUAUUUUAAAGGGACAAUUACUUUUUAAAUAGUUUUUAAUGUUUUUAUUCUCUAUUGUUUGUAAUAACCCCUUAGAAGCUUGAAAUAAAAUUUCUUUCUCAACUGUUAA